AUGCCUCCGGCAGAUGAUACCCCACACGAGACGCCCCAGAAGCACAACUCUCCAGCGAACUAUUCAGAUGGCGGCUCAUACCGGCGAGGGGGCGUCGCAGUGAGCGAUGGUCGACCGAGUGGGGAGCUGGAGGGGAGUACGUUGGGGAGUGGCUCUCGCGACGGGGAUCGAAGGACUCCCGCUCAGCGAAGGACUCAAAGCUCUGGUGGAUUCUUGUUGGACUCUUUUCCUCGUUCAAAGAGCUUGAGACUUCCCACGCACCACGCUAGGUCAUCAGAGUCACCGACGGAGAAACGAAGCGUCCCCGAACCCGAUAUCGUGGUAGCUAAGAAGCGAUCGCGCUUCCCAUGGAGUCGACAUAAGAACUCGCCUUCUAAGCCGGCGACUGCUGCUGCUGCCAUCUCAGAUCCAGCACCCAAUGAGCAGGCUUCGGCAUCUUCCAUUCACGACCGACAAUCUAGAACCUCGUCGCAGACUGAGUCCGGCCCAAAUGACACUGCCGAGCAAGCUGCGCCGGGGUUGGAUAGGGACUCUAUACAAAUUGUCAACCUGGCAUUGAACCUUAAUGAGUCCAGGAGGCGGAAUACAUCCGGGCUGCCCUUGGCUUCAGGCGGACGGAAACCAUUGUCUAUAGCUCAACCAGCUCCAGGGCCCAUCGAUCAUCACAUGCCGUUGCCGGGAGCACAUGGGUCUCAACGGGAUUCUUCAUACCACGAUUAUAAACAAUCAUCUACGAAUGACCUUUCGCCUAAUCCUGGCCAAUCUCCAGUUAUCAAUUUAUUGCCCGCCACUGUGCGGAAUGACCACCGUGCCUAUGAAUUCUCCGAGAGCACUCUCGCUCGGGCAGAACGAGCUCGGCGUCAUUUCGAAUUAUUUGAUCAAUAUUUGCGAUUGCUACCUUCGUUACCCCCACUUCGAACCCCUCCAGCUGCGAAGGAGAUUGACUCUCCAUAUCCCAUGGGCGGCACCGCAUCCACGAACCGAGACUAUAAUCCACUGCAAAUGAUUCGCAACAGGAGAGUCCGCUAUCGAGAAAAGUGCCCGAUUGACGCGGCGGCAGAGGGUUGGCAUAACGUUGAGAAAGUCCACGACUGGGUCAGCGCCAUAGAGGACAAAUAUAGUCUCAAGACACUCGACUCAACACAAUCUGUCAAGCUCCCCUCUUUUCAACAUGGCCAAAGAACUGCCUCUCAUUACCAGGAUGAAGAUUGGGAUGCGACUAACUCUCCUUCCGCCAGUCUACGGCGCGUCAGCCGCACCAACAGUAUCAAGGCCCCUCGGCUACGCAUGGAUUGGAGGAUUUCCCCAGAGGAACUUUUGGCCGAUGCAGCCUGGGCAGAAGAUAUUGAAAACAAGACGAAGAUUGUCGAUAAAGAUGGCAACCGGCUCUACCCGGAUUUGACCGAGCUAGAGGUGGUAGACCCCGGUGCAGAAAAACAACGAUUGUCAGUUGACACCGGACAUGCCCAAGAAGAAGAGCAGUCAUCGCGUCAUACCUCGUGGUCGAGCUCUCGCCCUGCGCAAUCACACGAAUUCAAAAGCGUUAGACGAGGCCGCAACAGAAGCCGAUACCACUCCCACUCCCACAGCGCACGGAGCCGAAGCGGCUCUAUCUCGCCCAAGCAUUCGCGUUGGGAUAAGGUACGGCUACGCUCGGGCAGUGCUGCAAGUGAGUCUAGUUCUGACCGGCGCAAGUCUUCGGAGCGAAAAAAUCGGAUUUGGGAUCACACACGCAAAAGCACAGAGUUAUCUACUGAAAGAAACCAACGAAACUCCUCGGGUUCGCGGGUAUCUCGGGGCAAAUCGCCAGCAGGUGCUUUGCAUCUCGAAAAGACCAAGUCCCAGUUGCCCGACCCUCUCUCCAUUAAUACGAAAUCAAGUCGGCCGCACAGGAAAGCGUCAUUCUCUUCGGCCGGCAGUAUUGAUGAUCGAAUCAAUCCCAGAAUGUCGAUGGAAGGAAUGGAUAGCACCGCUCCCAAUUCUCCGGCCAAUGCCAGUUAUUUCCCCAGCAUAGCUGUCAAUCUAUCUCCACCUUCCAGUCGGUCCCCUUCGCCAGCCAAAAAGGGUCUUCGACACAAGAUUGUGACUCGGCAUGAGCGGAGUAAGAGCAAACACGGUGAUAGGGAGCUUCGAGAACACGAAGAUGAGAGCCUAGAUGUGAUAGCUGAAUCGCACCACGCUCUGACACCACCUUCCGAGUAUGCUGAGCACGCCGCGAGUUCAUCGAAGCUGGAGCCUAGUCCACUCCCAGAUGUUGUAUCCUCCUCGUACUUUGACGAGCAUGGUAUAACCGAUGGCCAACGGGCUGACAGUUUCCCCAGAGGAAGAAAAGGCCAACACCUCCCAGAAUCUAAGCUGCGCGGCAUUUUCAAGGGACCUGGUCGGAUAGCUGAGCUUGUCGGCAACGAAGUCUCCAAGGUUGGCGAUCUUGUAUUCAAGAAGGACCAGGGCGUGGAUUCUCGCAAGUCUUCAUCUGCAUCCACUAUUGCUUCAGACUCCAGCGACUCCGAGGAUGAUGGAAAGAAAACGGACAAGCGAUCUGGACCCAAGGGACUGCUACGACGCUUGCCAACCCUUGGCGAUGAACCCGGCCGUCUCGUUCGCCGCGACUUUGAUAAGGGUACGCCAAACAGGAGCUUCAUCGGGUCACUGCCGAGUUUCACGUCGCCUUUGCGACAGGAUGAGCGCAAUGAAUCGGUCAAUGCCACUGAUUAUGGCACUAGCCCACGCGAGCGCACUUACACGUCCAGGAAACAAGAUGAUCAAGAUACCCCACCAAGACCUGGUCUCACUCGAAGCAGAACAUUGGAUUUCAGCCCGACACUAGGUUCGAACCGCAGCCGCGUGAAGCGACUUGCUAUCAGAGACCAAUCCGUCCCCUUCGGUCUCACUCGACCACCUGUAACUGGCCUCGCGCAAGCGCGAGCAUCACCUGGGCCUGCAAAAAGCGGACGACCCGGCCUUUCAAGCGCGACUCGCGCGUGGAGUAUAUCGGACCGCAGUCUGCACACCCUCAAUGACUCUGGUGUCCCCGGCAAGACAGAAGUGGAGCGUACCCGAGUCCUCCUCUUAUCCUCUGGUAUCAAAGCACGAGAGAUCACGCGACGAGCCCACAGCGUCCGUGAACCACCUCCACACUGGCUUCAAAAUGCCUUCGGCCCCAGCGCAUCUGUUCCCCGCGUCGUCCGGAUCGACGAGUUCGACCUCGCUGCGCAAAAUCUACUCCGCCGCUUCGAAAACACGCAAUAUUCCUUCCAGCAAUCGAUGCACCACUUCACUACAUCCACCUCGGCCCCUCUCCGCUCUCAACUCAAGGAACUCGAGAACCUGGUUAAUCAGUCACUCACACCACGCGUCCGAGCAACAGCCGACGAUGCAGAAGACAUGUGCGUCCAGCUGAACACCACAAGCACACUUGCUGUGAAAUCACUCAGUGACGCGCUAGACCGUGGUCUUCGAAAGCGCCGCCGCCGAUUCCGCUGGCUACGUCGGACUGGCUUUGUGGUGCUGGAGUGGACGCUGGUUGGUGUUUUGUGGUGGGUGUGGUUGAUCGUCAUGGCGUUCAAACUCUUGCGUGGUGUCUUCCGCGGAGUCAUUUCCAGUGCGAGAUGGAUUUUGUGGCUCUAG